AUGGGUUUUGGAAAAAUUUCUAACGACUUUUUGAACACCAAUAGUUUACAGCAGAUUUGCUUCUACGGUGCUCUCAGCUACUCGGUGGCAGCAGUAGUACACGACGUCACCUUUGCUACCCACGAAGUGAUUAUUCGCGUGAAGAAGAUCACACCUCAAUUUGAACUUGUCUAUGAAUAUUCUAUCUGCGCUACUGAUUGUACAGUGUUCCUCGGAGGCACGGAGCCUUUAGAAGCUGGCAAGAGAGGGGAAGGAAAGAACAGCGGUAAAGUAGAUGUUCUUUUUUGGUGA